AUUGUAUAUGUAUAACUAACUUUUGAGAUUUUUGUUUUAUUAUAAACCAAACAAUUUGUGAAUUACUAACAUCUCUAGACCAGUAGGAGUACCUAACAACCAUCGUUUUAUUCAAGACAAUUUGUCAAUGUAUUAUCAGUAGUAAUGCUUGGUAGAUAAUGAACAUGAAUGUAGAUUGCUGAAUCAUAGUGUAAAGGUCUAGUUUAAAUUACCAGGUUUUAAUACAUAAUGGCUUCAAAACUGUUUAGGUCUGUAAUCCUUGGUGCCCCAGCAUCUGGAAAAGGAACAAUUUCAUCUCGAAUUGUUAAAAAUUUCAAUUUGGAACAUAUUUCAAGUGGCGACAAGCUAAGGCUGAACAUUCAAAAUAAAACAGAAGUAGGACUGGAAGUUGAAAAGUACCUCCAAUCAGGCCAAUUAGUCCCAGAUAGUUUAAUGAUAAAAUUCAUAGUAGGAGAAAUUAAUCGAGUUAAUGGUAAAUCAUGGCUACUUGAUGGUUUUCCAAGGACCGUUAUACAGGCAAGUAGUUUAUGGAAUGUACAACAACUAGAUGUUGUUUUGAACUUGGUUGUGCCUUUUGAUGUUAUCAUUGAGAGAGUCAAAGGAAGAUGGAUACAUUUACCCAGUGGACGAGUGUACAAUACUGACUUUAAUGCACCAAAAAUACCUGGAAAAGAUGACAUAACAGGUGAAGAUUUAGUUCAAAGAGAUGAUGAUAAGCCUGAUGUUGUGAGGAAACGACUGGAGCAAUAUGACAACAUGACGAGACCUGUGAUAGAUUAUUACAAAAAUAAAGGCGUUCUGCAAGAGUUUCAUGGAACCACUUCUGAUGAAAUUUGGCCAAAAGUUGCGGAUUGCCUUGCUACGCUUGUACCACUAAACGCUGCAGCACAAAAAUCAAAAAUAUGAAACUUACUUGAUUUUAAUUCUUUAUAUAUAUUAUGUUGUACUUUAUUUGUAUUCAAAUAUAAAUUUAGUAAAAUUUA